UAUGACUGCACAAAGAGAAACGACCAGUUCAUCGUUGUGAAAACCAAAUUGGAAUGCCCAGUGUUCAGACCAGAAGACUGUGUCCCUGGAACUGAGAAAACUGAUGCAAAUGGCUGUUGCACAUCCUGCACUCCAAUCAGUCACUGUGAUGUGAAGAACACCACCACCUACCUAGAGGUGAAAAACUGCAGAUCUACUGUGCCCGUGGAGAUCGCAGCCUGCGGGGGAUCCUGUGGAACGUCUUCUAUGUACUCUGCAGAGAAAAACACCUUGAUGCACUCCUGCUCCUGCUGUCAAGAGAUGUCUACCAGGGAGAGGGAGGUGGAGAUGGUCUGCUCUAACGGGAAGAAGUUCAUGCAUUCCUACAUUUACAUUGAUAAGUGCGGCUGCCAUGAAACUGAGUGUGACAAGAAGAACCACAAAGAUUAGGCCUAGAAGUCUUUUAAAAUGGCCGUAUCAAUUUUCCUAUUUACAUGAACUGCAUGGAAUAUUAAAUACCUUUAUCUAUAGGGAACCAAUAGGGUCUGACUCAUUAUCAUAUAGGCUACUUUCAUGAACUGUAUGUCCUUUCUCUCUACACUAUCAUAUAAAUGAUUCAUGUUGUCUAACUUUUUCUCAAAUGUAUUAAACUGAUUAAGAAGCA